AUGGAUGAACACAGCAUCGUUGAAAAGGUGAAACAACCGCUUCUAAUAACAGUCACCAAUACCGAAAAAGUUCCAGAUCUGAGACCGAUAUCAUCUGAACCAGCUACCUCACGGUGGUCAUUACUCUUCAAACCCUUUCUCGUCAUCACCACCAUCGGUGUUUUCAUAGCUGGUCUCUCAUUAAUCAUAUGGAUUACACCAACCCCACCCACCGUUCAAGUACACUCCAUGUCCAUAUCAUUCAGCAAACUCCAUCUCCCGAUCUGGUCAGCAGCGUUCUCUAUCAAAAACUCUAACGAGAAACUCCAUGUAACGUACGAGAAUCCGUCGGUGUGGGUGUUUCACAGGAAAAGACUCGUGUGGACGGUAAGAGUCGGGUCCUUUGGGCAGAAAGGCGGGGAGGAGAACGAGGUGGUCGUGAAGGGAGAUGAAACCGGAGUCAUCGAUGAGGAGGCGACUCGGGAAAUGAGAAGGAAGUGGCGGUUUGGGGAAGUGUGGUGA